CGAGAAACCGGGCAAUACUGCCAAUACAUACGGAGGCGAUGAAAUCUCCUGUCAUAGCUCUUGGCGCUGUGCACGCGUUUCCAUAUUAAACCGAAGCGUGUGGCCACGGCGGCUUUGUGGGCCAGGAGAAGCGAAUAGCAAGAGCAAAUCGGAUCGCCACGGCAAUAUAGCAAAGUGCCCCCUUCCACCGUCUGCCACGCUAUAACAUUGAAGCUAGCCCCAACGUGAUUCCCUCGCAACAACACAGUGCGGUUUCAUUUUUCAGAAGGGCAUCACGCAGCUUUCCCGUUACCUCGGCUGUGAGCGGUCUAAGUAAACGCGUAGGGUGUGGAAGCAGUGGAGGGUACGUGCAAGGGAUGCUGGCGCUCACUCAGCAGCCGCAGUCAUCGCAGCAACAGCAGAACUCCCAGCAGCAACAGCAGCAGCAGCAGCAACAGGCCCAGCCGCAGACCGGUCUGCUCCGCGAGGGCGGGGCGGAACCGGCGCAUCCUAACUCCGGGGCAGGCGCAUCGCAUGUCGCGGACGCUGUCGACGGAGCUCAGCUCUUACUACAGCAAAUGCUCCUAGCUAGCGGGGAUGUGGACGGCGCAAGCGGUUCCGCUGGCGCGCAGGGGCAGGGCGACCUGGGCAUGGGCCUGGACCUGGCGACGCAGCAGCAGCAACCUUCCGUCAUGCAGCAGCUCGCCAGCCUGCCUACACAGGCCCUGGUGCAGCAAUCUACGGACCCGCUUCAACUCAGCGGCCUGAUAAAUUUCACCUUCAGCCAGUCUCCAAACUCUUUAUUUGUGCUCAACACGCAGCUGGACUCAUCGGGUUCCACGCCGGUUUCAACGCUGACGCAGGCGCUGCGCGUGGUCCUGGCAGCACGGAAAAUAAAUACGCAGGCCGUGGCGCGCUUUGACCUCGGCUUCGUUCCGUUUCUAGUUUCGGACGCAGCGGAGGGUAUUGGGCUGCUGGUGUACAAAUGCUCACUGCAGCAGGAGGGCGCGAGAGGGUCGGUACUGAAAAUCGACAGCAGCAGCAACCCGCUGGUGGCGGGUAUUUCGCUCUUCAACAUGCUGCAGUCAGGGGGGCAGAUGCUGGAGGUCAUCUUCACGGCGGAGGCGUCCAAGGUGGCGCUACAGGCGCUGAGCAUCAUGCGCAUUAACCUGGCAAACAAUGGCCGCGAUGUCCUGCUGCUGCUCUCCACGGUCGACUACACGGCGGACGCCUCGGGCCCCAAGAACUACUUCCUGCUAAAGCUGACGCCCAUCACGCCGCCGCUGCCGUGCUUCCAGCACCAGAUCGAGGCCAACAAGGCGGCGGCGGCCUCGGGCUCCUACAUGUCUGCGGAGGCGGCCGGCAUGCAAGGCAUGGGCAUGGGUAUGCCGGGGCUGGCGCGGCCGAUGCAGAUGCACGGCGGCCCCGGGCUGGGGCCGCCGGUGCUGUCGCCGGCGCUGGGCCCAGUGCCGGGUGGGGGCGGCCUGGGCGGCAUGAAGGGGGGCGGGCUGGGCGUGGGUGUGGGCGUGGGGCCCAUGCAGCAGUACAUGCCCAUGAGCGCCGGCGGCGGCAUGAACAUGGGCAUGGCUGCGGCGGCGGCGGCCGCCGCCGGCGCCAGCUCUGCCAAGCAGCAGCGCGCUCGCAAGGCGGACUACGUGAUCGUGACGGAGGACACGGCAAUCAAGAACGCGGCGGGUGCCAUUGCCAAGGUGCUUGGGCGCGUGUCCAACCAGGGCCAGUGCUGCCCGGUGUACACGGAAAAGAAGACUGAGUCCUUCACCACCGUCAUCAGCGUGGCGGUCAAGGCCAUUGCAGUAGCGCGCGGCUAUGUGUGCAACGAGGGCAUGGGCAACGAGGUUGGCUUCCAGCCCUACCUCCGGCACUUGGACCGGCGGCUGGAUCUGCUGGACCUACACAACUUCCUGGCGCCCGAGAAGCAGCACCAGCUGCAGCAGCAGCAGCACCAGCACCAGCAGCAGAUGCUGUCGGCUGCCGCGGCGGCGGGGCUGGGCUACGGCCAGCCGCACCUGGGCAUGUCGGGGCUGGGCGCGGCAGGGCUGCUGGGCGCGGCGGGAAAAGGGCACAUGGGGCUGGGCGGCGCUGGCAUGCAGCAGCAGAUGGGCCUGGGCAUGGGCGCGUAUGGCGGAGCAGCGGGCAUGCUGGGCGGCGGAGGCGGAGGCAUGGGCGGGGCCAUGGGCGGCGGCGGCAUGCUGCCGGCCAAGUACACCAGCCCCAUGGACUCGUUCGAGCUGCUGGACGAGGACGCGCUGAGCGACGAGCGCUGCGAGCUGGCGUUCGACGUGUUCAAGGUGCCGCAGCUGCACGAGCUGCAGGAUGCAGGCAACCUACCGGUCAAGGUGACGGCGCACAGCCGCCCCAACGUGGUGUCCAACAUCAUCUCCAAGCUGGUCACGGAGCGCAGCGGCGCGGUCCUCAUCACCGCCGGCGGCAAGGCCAUGCACGUGGCCAUGACUGCCGUGGUGUCGGCGCGCGCACGGCUCAAGGCCAAGGGCGUCGACAUCAUUCUGCUGCCCAAGUUCGUGACGGUUGACACCACCAGCACGCUGGGCUGGGAGUCGGUGUUCCUGCGCUUCACCAUCGUGCGCUGGGCGCCGCUGCCGCCCAACCAAAUGGCGGGCAUGGGCGGCAUGCCGGCGAUGCACGCAGACGCAAUGAUGGCGGCGGCGGUGGCGGGCGGCCGCUACCUGCUUCCGCAGCUGGGCUGAAGGCCGCAGCCAGGCUGGAAUUCCCAGCCGCAGCAAUGGGCUGACCCACGGCAUUGUGGAGCGCCGGGAUGUGCUGGUAAUGCCGGGCAUUGGGCAACGGCGGGCUUUAUGGAUACUGUGCGCUGAUUCUAAUUUGUUAGAGGCGGGGCUGGCGGGCUAAGUGUGCAUAUGUGUUUCCUGUGUCGCAUGCUUGCUUGCCUGACUACCGGCGUUGCUGGCGCGUGGUCGAGUGUGGGUAUGGUUCACGGUUGCAGUGUAUGCGCGGUUGGCGCUUUUGUAGGUCGGUGGGUGGUCUAGGUCUUGUUUGGCAGCAACGGCAGCAAUACAGCGCGUGUCGCGCGCGGUGUGCACGCCGGGCAGGCACCGGGUCACGGCACGGCUGGGUAAGCUUGCGCUCGUGUCCGCGGGUUCCGAUGCUUUUGUUUGGCAAUGCGGUCUUUCCUGGUGCAUGUCAAGUGAUGGGCGGUGAUUGAUUUAUCAUGCACGCGCUUUUUCACAAUACUUGAGGUUUCUUCGCUCGGGUUGGGGAUCUGCGGCAAGCACAGCCCUGGUCCGCAGCGCACAGAAUGUGUGUGGCUUGUAGUGUUAGGCAGCUGUCUCAUAAGUCAUAACACAUGAAGGAUGUUACGCACAUGCAUGCGGCAUUUUAGCGCGCGUUCCAGGCGCUAUGCGGCUAAGAGAGCCCCGUGCACUGCUGUCAUUUAUGGAUGGAUCAGGGAGGCGGUCAUGUGUUUUCAGGGAAGUGAGACUUUCGAAUGCAGGGUAUGCGACAUUGCCACACGAGCACAGCAGCUGAGCUAACACCAGUUCCGCUACAUUGGGUGUACCGCAAAGGACAUGCACAGGGCGAUGGACAGGCAUCCGUUUUCGUUAGGGUGGUGGGUUGUCGGGGGUAUGCUUUCUGGGUGGGUUAACUGCGCAUCAUGCGUUGGGGAGAGUCCGCUGAAUGGUGGAGCUUAAGGCUCGAGAGGCCCAGCAAUGGCUCAUAAUUACUUGGUAAAGGGACGAGUGCAUUACAAUCACAGAUGCUCCUCAAUAAGUCAAUGCUGUGUGUCUGAUGCCUCCCGGAGUGGAUGAUGGGAGAGACGAAAGGAUCCCCGCCCUCCGUGACACUGCUGAAAUAUGUUGUCGCCAUUGCGUGGUGUGGAGGGUGGCGCAGAGCUAGUGGACGGCCCUGCGCAUGGGAUGAGCAGGGGGCGCAUGUUAAGGCGAUGGCGAAAGCGUUACUUGUGCGUGGCGUAAUGUCUUUGUGAUCAGUCAGUACGAGGGCUCGAGCCAUCGUAGUUUAUCGUGCCAUUGAGAGGAGCUGCAGGCAGCGCACCCCAGGGUGAGAUCCCCAAAGCAGAACUAGCUGACCUGCGGCGUCCACCGUCCGUAUCUGUGCUGUUCAUAGCCCGAAGACCGCUUGGGGUACCGUAUGUCCAGGGCUGGGGGCAGGCCAAUACAAGUGGAGGGACAAGUGCCGGGCCUUCGGAUAUCUAUUUAUGAUGACCUCUACGUUUCAGAAUGGGGAUUGAUGGCGGCAGUGGGAAUUCACUGCUGGUGGACCAGCGAGCCCAUGCCAGCGCAGACACAACAACGGGUUUGUAAGACGUGGUUCUUGGCUCCUAGCCACAUGGGCGGCCAGUAGGGGUUGUGCAAGCAGAGGCUGGGCCUUUAAAUCAUUGUGUGGUGUGCAGGUGGAUCAGGAGUGGCCUUACUAGGUGGACCGGGGAGUGUCCAAGUGUCCAGGAUUAACUCCACGUAUGCCUUGCGGGUUGGUCGGGCUGAACUGGCCAAGACCAUGUCCAGUAUGUAGGGAUACGGCGAGGGCAAUCGAUUGAGGAGCAGCACUGGCGCAUGACGCCAGGCGGCGUCUGUCUAAUGACGCUGAUGAGAUUGUAACCGCCAUGCCCG